GGCGGGCGGCGGGCGGCGGGCGAGGGAGCAGCCCGGCCGGCGUGGUCCGCAGCGCGCCCCGCGUCCCAUGGAUAUAGCAACAGGUCCCGAGUCGCUGGAGAGGUGCUUCCCUCGCGGGCAGACGGACUGCGCCAAGAUGCUGGACGGGAUCAAGAUGGAAGAACACGCGCUGCGCCCCGGACCUGCCACUCUUGGGGUGCUGCUGGGCUCGGACUGCCCGCAUCCCGCCGUGUGCGAGGGCUGCCAGCGGCCCAUCUCCGACCGCUUCCUGAUGAGAGUGAACGAGUCCUCCUGGCACGAGGAGUGUCUGCAGUGCGCGGCGUGUCAGCAAGCCCUCACCACCAGCUGCUACUUCCGGGAUCGGAAACUCUACUGCAAACAAGACUACCAACAGCUCUUCGCGGCCAAGUGCAGCGGCUGCAUGGAGAAGAUCGCGCCCACGGAGUUCGUGAUGCGGGCGCUGGAGUGCGUGUACCACCUGGGCUGCUUCUGCUGCUGCGUGUGCGAGCGGCAGCUGCGCAAGGGUGACGAGUUCGUGCUGAAGGAGGGCCAGCUGCUGUGCAAGGGCGACUACGAGAAGGAGAAGGACCUGCUCAGCUCCGUGAGCCCCGACGAGUCUGACUCCGUGAAGAGUGAGGACGAGGACGGGGACAUGAAGCCAGCCAAGGGGCAGGGCGGCCAGAGCAAGGGCAGCGGGGAUGACGGCAAGGACCCGCGGAGGCCCAAGCGACCGCGGACCAUCCUCACCACGCAGCAGCGGCGAGCCUUCAAGGCCUCCUUCGAGGUGUCCUCCAAGCCCUGUCGGAAGGUCCGAGAGACCCUGGCGGCUGAGACGGGCCUCAGCGUGCGUGUGGUGCAGGUGUGGUUUCAGAACCAAAGAGCUAAGAUGAAGAAGCUGGCGCGGCGGCACCAGCAGCAGCAGGAGCAGCAGAACUCCCAGCGGCUGGGCCAAGAGGUCCUGUCCAGCCGCAUGGAGGGCAUGAUGGCCUCCUACACACCGCUGGCCCCGCCGCAGCAGCAGAUCGUGGCCAUGGAGCAGAGCCCCUACGGCAGCAGCGACCCCUUCCAGCAGGGCCUCACGCCGCCCCAAAUGCCAGGGAGCGACUCCAUCUUCCACGACAUCGACAGCGAUACCUCCUUAACCAGCCUCAGCGACUGCUUCCUGGGCUCCUCGGACGUGGGCUCCCUGCAGGCGCGCGUGGGGAACCCCAUCGACCGGCUCUACUCCAUGCAGAGUUCUUACUUCGCCUCCUGAGAGCCGGCCAGGGCGCAAGGACGCUAGGGUGCAGGGCCAGGGGCCGGCGGGCCUCAGCAGCAGCCGCCUGGACAUCCGCUACAGACAGCCAUACGGGGCCCUGCCCGCGGCCAGCCGGGCCUGGCCAGACAGGCAGCCGGGUGCAGCCUGGGCGGGGGCUUGGGCUGCCCGCAGGGACCUUGCUCUCCACAGCCGCUCUUCUCGCCUCCCAGCCCCGCCCCGGCCCCAUUGCCUCCUCCCUCCCCGUCUCUUUUUUGGGAAGCUUAAAUUCUCUCUAUUUUUUUAAAUGUCCUCUCUGUGUCCAGCCAACCUCCCCGCACGGGCCCCAGGACGCCGAUGCUGGGGCACAGUGCCCGUUAAUCCGCGAAGCCAGCGCUCCCGUAUCCUGCGCCAGUGCCCACCUCCCUCCAGCUGGCCCAGGGUCGCCCCUGCCGGUCUGAGCCUUGGAGCAGAAAUAGCCAAGAGCCCGGCAGGUGUGCCAGGCUCACCAUGUUUUGCCAGAAACAGGGUCACCGGCAGCUUGCAGGGGGAGGGUGCUGUGGCCAGAGCCAGGCAGACCCAGAGGGACAGACGCACACACAAGGCACGCACACAGGCAGAGCGGGGCAAAUACGCACACAGAUCCUAGCGACGCUGCGAGAGGCAGAGGGAGAGUGGGCGCCCAAGGGGAGCAGGGACCCCCGUCUUCUUAGAGCAGUUAGAGAAGGCGGGGUGAGCAUGCAGGGCAGCCCUAGCCAGUACUGUAGCAGCCCAGAGGGAGGCCCCGCCCUCCCCCGAGCCAGGUGGGGUCAGGCCAGUGGCAGAACCUCUGGGUGGAGGGGACCUCGGGGUUCACCUGUGCAGCACCCCGGCUAAUGUCCGGCUCCCUCCCGGGCCACCCCCAGCCAGCUGCCCCUUCCUGCCGGCCGUGCCUCGGCCUCUCUCAGCCCUGAGUCUCAAAGUCACUGUCUCCUCCAGCCCUUCCUGGCAAAACCACACUCCUCGCUGGGCUCUGGCUUUCCCCGAAAGGUGUGGGACGGCCAGGGCCGCCACUCCGCCUGCCGGUGGACACCAGCCAGCCAGGCCUGCCUCUGCUCAUGCACAUCUGGCCUUGGGAAGCCUCCCCGCCCGUCUGCGGCCCCCCGGCCCCCACGCACAAGUGACAGCUAAGCCACCGCCCUUCUCUGUGUGUGUGUGGGGGGGGGCGGUGCACCUGCUGGCACACCCCAGAAGAACCCUGCCUUUUCCUGGGUCCCAGCUCCUCUUGUGAGAGUGGGUUCAAAUCUGCGGCUCUCCCAGCACACGCGCCUGUCAGGGGUGUGGGCCUGGGGCCCGCUGCGUUCCCACCGCACCCCCGCCCCGCCCUGUCCCUGUCCCUGCAGGUGGCAGAGGUGUGUGUUGGGUGCCCUGCCCUGUAAGCCAGACACACCCAUCUACCCUCCCUAUGCAGCCAAGCUGAUGGCCCCAUGGCCCUCAAAGCUGAGGGGCAUAGGCCACGCCCCUGGGCUCUGCCUGGCCCACCUUUGAGCAGAAGCGACGGGGUGUCUCCCUCCACCUCCGGACCCCUCUCGGUGUCUAGGGAGCCCGCGGCCCCUCCGGAGCGCCCCGGGCCAGUCCCAGCUCUCAGCCCUCACCCUGCUCCUCCCCAGGCAGGGUUGCCCCCGGGCCUCUGUGUUCCUCAUGUCCCAGACAGAACUUGGCCGAAGCCCCAGCCUGCCCGGGUUGUAGAGGCAGCCGUGCUGAAUUCAGGGGAGGGUCUGCCUUCUGCUGGGUGAGCAGGCCUGAGGCAGGCAGAGACACUGCGGGCAGCCCCUGGGAGACCUGGCCCUCCUCCCCCAGGCUCUCUGUUGGAAGGGCAGCAGGAGUGGGUCAUCUGGUCCACCCCCUUGUCUUUCAGCCAGGGGAGGGGGUGGGACCUGCCCCAGGGUCUCCCAGAGCUGCAGCCCGUUAGCAGAACCAUUGCUAGCCCCCGUGAGUGGCCACUAGGUAGGGGCAGGACUUGUUCUUAGGAAACCUGCUGGGCUCUGGGGUCCCUGUUCCCCAUCAUGCUGCCCCAGGGCCAGGAGCUGGGUGGGGACCCCUAAGCACGUGACCCAGGUGGGCGAAGUCAAAAGGGACCUCAGAGAGCCCUCCACCCCAGGACUACCCACUGUCCACGUGUGGCUCCCGGGCCCCGGGCUCCCCGGCGCUGACACCCACUGUGCCUGGCCCUGGGCGAGGACGCACGUGUUGGGUGCUGGGUGGCCUGGGCGGUUCCACCCCCGGAUGUGGUCAGGGACCUGUUUCUCAGACGAGGGCGCUGAGGCUGAGACGGAGGGGGACAUGGUCAGGGUCCCCCAGCAGAAGUCCACAGGGUUGGGUGGGCUGAAAUCUGGGAUCUGGGGCCAGCUGACGUGGGCAGAUCCUCCAGCUCUGACUGGCGGGGAGGGGGUGGGCGGAGCCAGGACAGGAGCCCAGCAGCCCCCCAGGGACCAGGGUGGGAGGCCCCAAGGGAGGGGGAGGAAGAGGCAGAGAGAGAGACUCUGGGAGAAAUGCCAAGUUUUACUUCCGUGCUGGGGACGUCGAGGCCCAGAAGGAAGGACUCUGCCCCAGUACCACGGAGUCGGGGGGAACAGGGGACAAGAAGCCCAGCCCUGACCCCAGCCGGGGCCUCAUCUGCCCACUCCAGGGAGGCUCCCAGGUGCUCUGCUGUCCUGGGGGGACUCCAAGGAGGCUGCCCGGCAGGGGCAGGCCAGGGGGCGAGGGGGAGGCCCUGGAGCUGCAUCCCACCCACUAGGGCCCAGCAGGGUCCAGCCCCCCUCACAGGUCCGGGGGCAGCCUCUUGGCAGUGAGGCUGCCUCCCCCUGCCGAUCCGAUGAUGCCCCUGUCACUUCGCACACCGGGAGCCUCGGGGGAGGCCCAUUGGCCGCCACCUGCCAGGCUCUAGCCCUGAGCCCUGAGCACCCGCUGCGGGGGAGGGGCUGGGCUGCUGCCUGUGGGAAGGGGCUCCACGCUCACACACCAGACGCACUCGGAGGCCUGGGACCGGGGGAGCAGGAGGGCCCUUCCCCCAGCCCAGGGAGGGGGUCCCACGGGAGCCCGGCCCACUGGCCAGUCCUGUUUUCCUUGUACAGACUCACUGCCCACGCGCCAUCCCCAGACACGUUUUAUUUAAUAACUUGUCAUUGUUAAAUUAUUUAUUAGCGUUUACCAUAUCACCGCCCCGCCCCGCCCUCCACUCACCUUCCGCCUCUUCCCACAAACGCAGAAAAUGGAACCAACCACGGGACAAGCCGAGACGUCGUGUAUUUGUAAAUAAACCAACCUGUACGCGCCCGC